AUGAGUGCACUGGUUCACCAAGGGAGCAAGAGUGAACUUGCGCGGCUCCUGGGUCGGACGAAGUACAGCUUGGAGGAGUACACCGCUCCUCAGACAGGCUUUGCAGACAACAGCUUUCCAGCUUUGGCCAAGGCCCAUCGACUCCGCGUACUGGAUCUUUGCCUCGUGUCAGAAUCACCACCUCUGCUCAGAUUAUUCAAGACCAUCUCACAUCUUGAGAAUCUCACGACUCUACGUCUACCACGGUCUGCUGGCUUUGCAGUCAAAGUUGAUGCUUCGCUUGUGGUAUGGCCGCCGAAGCUAGAAAACCUAUCUCUGAGUGGAGGCAUCGACGCACACUUUCUAUAUGGAGUCGUGGCGUUUCCGCAAUCACUUCGGAGUCUGACUAUUGAGCACUGUCCACUACUGCAGACGAAUGAUGUGUUGAAUCUUCUCCGCACGCCAGUGCGUCUGCUUCCGAAUCUCGACACUCUCAAACUCGCCAACCUGCCACGACUUCACGACCACGCCCUCGACGGCCUACUCUUCAUCCUUCCUGGACUGAGGAAGCUCAGUGUCAGCGUGGAUUACAUCACACCCGACUUCUUCGACCUUGACGUGACUAGUCGAUCGGAAGAAUUGCAAACUUUCCUCAUCGACAACAUGACGCAGUCAGAACAACCAGAUCGGCACCUAUGGCGACCAGACGGACAUUGCCAACUUCAAACACUGGAACUGACGAACUCCGGCAAUCCUGGAGUCGAAGAUAAGAUCUCGCCGAUCGAUCUGGUCAUAUCGGUCGAUGAUGCACACCAUCCACACUUUACAUUGACACUCACGACCUCCACCUCCAAGACCAUGGAGCCCACAACAUCCACGUUGACGCGUGCAUCAUCCACCGACUCAUCCAGCUUCUCCAACAUCCUCGUCUUAACCACCGCUAUGGACGUCGACCGCGAAUCUGAACAGCCAGCCUCCUCCACACCUCCCACCAGCGUAUCCGAUGAACGCAGUCUCGGUUCCAAUAAAGCCUCGGGCGAGAAAGCAAAAGCUCUCGCGCCGCAGGAUGUUCCAAGCGGUCGAUCCAAACGUUCUCGCACAACAGUGUCUACCUACAAUCUGAAGCAGCUCGCGGACAAGCAGCUACCCAAGACCACCAGCCGCAACCCCUCGGGACUGUCCGGCAGAACUCUCGUCGAACGCGACGACGCUGCUCCCGAAGACGAAUCGUUCGACAUCAAAGUUGACAAGGCUCUGAACACCGACUGGCAGAUACCCGGCUCACUCAAGAAGAAGUCUCCCACAAAACCGCAGCGUCGCCCGAGCGUCAAAGAUCGCGUAAAAGAGGGCGUGGUGGAAGCAGGAAAGAAAGUCGCCACUAAGGCUGGCAAUCUUCGAACUGUCUUGGGAAAGCGUAGUCGCGACAUGGUGGACACGGGCAAGCGGAAAUUGGGCAAGAUUGAGGAGCCUCCGAGCCCACCCAAGAGCAAGCUGUUGAAGGAAUUGGACCUGGGCACGAGAGGCGUCCUCGAUGAGAUCGACCUUGAUGUGACUUAUGCACUGCCACCACGUCCCACCAAACGAGCAAAGACCGCUUUCUCGGCACCUCUCCAAAACAUCGGUCAGCCUACUGGACCAUUGCAAAAGACAUCGGAUGGAAAGAAGGUCAAGAAGUGGCAAGCGGAGGGGCUCUACGCUGGACAGGAGAACGAGGUGACAGCCGGCGGAGGGAAGAAGAAGCUGCAGAAGAACGGCCUGGGCUUUGCGACUGCAGAGAAUGGAGAAGAGGCUACCGCUCCCAAACGCAAGUCAUUCUUGUCGCUGCCGAUGUAUGGCUACCUGGACAAGGAGCGAGACUUCAGGAUCCCGCACGACGUCUUUGCUCCAUCGGCGAGGAAGGGGGACGAAAAGCCAAAGGACUGGCACAAGAUCAACCGCAACAGACUCGUCGGCGAGGCCAAAGACCUCUGGGAGAAGGAGCCAAACCUUCCCAACUCUACGUGUAUCUGCCGUGACCCCGGCCAAGGAGAUCUCGGCUGUGACUACGACUGCAUCAACCGGGUCAUGCAAUACGAGUGCAACGAUCAGAAUUGCCGACUGCCCGCCAGCGUCUGCAGCAACCGAGCGUUUGCACAACUCGCAGCCCGGACCAAGAAAGGCGGACUGUUCGACGUCGGCGUCGAGGUCGUCAAGACACACGAACGUGGCUUUGGUAUCCGCUCUUGCCGUUCCUUCAACGCGGGACAGAUCAUCAUGGAGUACACCGGCGAGAUCAUCUCCGAGGGGGAAUGCCAACGUCGUAUGCGCGAGGUGUACCACGACAAGGCGUGCUACUACCUCAUGGAGCUGGAGCGUAAUCUGGUGAUUGACGGAACGAAAGGUAGCAUGGCUCGUUUCAUCAAUCACUCCUGCGAGCCAAACUGUGAGGUUCGCAUGGUCAAGGUCAACGGCACUCCACGCAUGGCUGUCUUCGCAGGCGAGAGCGGCAUUAUGACUGGCGAGGAGCUCACGUAUGAUUACAACUUUGACAACUUUGGUGAGAGCGCGCAGAAGUGUUACUGUGGAGCUGCUACCUGCAGAGGCACAUUGAGCCGCCGUCUGAAUGCUACUGAGCAGAAGAAGAUGGCCAAGGAGGAAUCGGAGCGCAAGCGCAAGGCGGCUGAGCAGGCUCAGAAGACCGCCGAGGAGGAGCAGCGGAGGAAGAAGGUCAAGACGGAUCGCGGAAGCAGCUGGCGUGGAUGGUUGGCAGUUGACGACCCGGAGACGAAAGCUCGCCUUCGUGAGGAGAAGAAGGCGCGUGAAGAAGCAGAGAAGAACUCCGUGCGUGCGAGGCGUCUGGCCGCUCGUCGCGGUUCGCUUCCUGCCGAGGCUGAGAAGCCGGUGCUGAAGAAGGCUGAAUCUAAACGCCGUCGCACAGCUGGUGCAGAGAUUCAGACGACCGCAGACGAGAGCGCUGGACCUUGUCGACCCGCUACGGCAACCACUUCGCAGGAGACGAUUUCGCAGAAGACGACCUCGCAGAAGACUUCAACCAUCCGCAAAGUCUCGACCGGCUCCCGCUUCUCCGAAGACCUCACCGAAGCUAGACCGACCUCCAAAGCGAGCUCUCGAAAGUCUACAUCAACUUCUCGAAAGACCUCCUUCGGCCUAUCGCGUGUCUCGACAGAAGUCCACACCAAGACGAUCGAAGAAGGCGACGACAUCACCGUCAGCAAUGAAGGACGAUGGUAG